ACACAGUGGACUGAAACGAGGAAAAGUGCUUUAGAUUCAAUUUUGAGUGCAGAUAUGUGUUCCGCUGUGCACGGUAUGUGAUUCAGUUGAGCCUGGGAUAGCGGCAGAAACAGACCUAAACGCAUAGCAAAGCUCAUUUCGUUUUCGCUUCACAUUCAGACGUUCGCCAUCGACGAGAGACAAUUGAUUCGUUUGUUUAAAGUAGGAGUCGCGUUGCCGUUUCCUGCAUCAAUUUACAUUCCAUCAGAUUUGAAAGUGUUUGAAACGCGCAUCGUCGUUCUAAUGCGACAGAGACAGCAUCGUGAGCAUUGCGAAUUCUUUGGAGGGUUUUGUGUGUGUGUGUCAAGGAAUGAUGCCACUUAAGAUAAGAAAAAAAAAACCGUCAAGCAUCUGAAAAAUACCGAUAAAAAUCAUCGGUUUGGGUGAGACUCGUGAAUUUCGUUGAUUAUUUUUAAUGGAAAAACAGUGAUACACGUUCAAGUUGAACCCUUUGUCGAAAUUUCAGAACGUAAAAAAUAAGGAGGAUUUUCUCUUCGAACAAAUAAAGGCAUUUGUGAAUGGAACUGUGAACUUUAAUAAAAGAGAGAAGAACGAAUUCAAAGAAUAGGAUAUUUUGUGAUGGAAUCGAAUUGCAAAUUGAAGCAAAUUUCAAAUCGAUAAUGAUUAUAUAGUUUGGAAAGAAGAAACGAACGACUUUUCUUCCCUUCGACGAAACAGAACAAAAAAAAAAUUUGCAACAAUAGAAAAAAAUAUUGGAAAAAUUCCGUUUGGCCGAUAAAAACCGACUUCCGUCACAAAAGUUGUUAUGUUUUUUUCUUAACAAGUGAAAAAGUGCACCAUUGAAAAGAAAUUAUCAAGAGGAAAUUUUUCGGUCAUGGAAAACUUGCGAUUCGUCGCUAAAUUGCAAAAAAUAAGUGGUUAAAAACGAUGUAGUUAGCAAAAUUGAACGAGAAAAAGAGAGAAAAUAACGGUAUUUUUCUUCUUCUUCGUUGGUGUUUGGUUCAUGAUAGAGAGAAAAAAAAGAAGGGAAAAAAGAUAUUUUGUAUUGUGUGUUCGAAUGUGCGGCAGUGAGAUUGUGAAUUAAGUCUGUGUGGCAGCCAGUCUCCUCGUUGUGUAAUAACAUAAAUUAUCAUCAAUAUGGAUACAAUUGUGGUAAUGGUGCUGUUGGCAAUCGCUCUCAACCAUGGGACACAAGGUUUACAAAUACCACGCAUAACGGAGCAUCCGAUUGAUACGACGGUGCCACGUCAUGAGCCAGUUACGCUGAAUUGUAAGGCAGAUGCCGCACCAAUACCUAGCAUUCGAUGGUUUAAAGAUGGGAAUCCAGUCAACAUUGCACCCGGUUCACAUCGUGUUCUACUGCCAUCCGGUGCUUUGUUUUUUCUCAAGGUGGUACAUUCGCGCCGGGAUAGUGAUGCUGGCAUCUACUGGUGUGAGGCUGAAAAUGACUGGGGAAUCGCACGGAGCAGAAACGCUACGCUACAAGUAGCAGUGCUUCGUGAUGAAUUUCGAUUAGAACCGCAAAAUACGAGAGUUGCUACCGGUGAUGUGGCAUUGCUCGAGUGUGCGGCUCCCAAAGGCACACCAGAACCAUUAAUUUGGUGGAAGAAAAAUGGUCAAAAACUCGAAAUCGAACAUUCGAAACGCAUUCGCAUCGUGGACGGUGGAAAUUUGGCCAUCCAAGACGCUCGACAAUCCGACCAAGGCGAAUAUCAAUGUGUGGCGAAAAAUGUCGUUGGCGUGCGCGAAUCAAAAGUCGUUACACUCAACGUGCACGUGAAACCAUUCAUUAUUCGUGGGCCAGUUGAUCAGACCGUUGUUGAAGGCACAUCGGUUACAUUUCAGUGUCGCGUCGGUGGUGAUCCGAUUCCAGACAUACUCUGGCGCAGAACAGCCGCAUCCAAUAUGCCACUCGACCGUGUGCACGUCUUAGAGGAUAGAAGUUUGGUACUAGAAAAUGUUAACCUGAGCGACGAAGGUGAAUACCGGUGUGAAGCUGAAAAUGUUGUCGGUUCCGCUUCGGCGGUUGGAUCGCUCAUCAUUCAAUCGGCGCCAAAAUUCAUUAUACGACCCACCGCGCAAAUGGUGGAUGCUCAAGGCGAUGCUACGUUUGAAUGUGAGGCCAAAGGCUAUCCAAGACCGACAAUUUUUUGGUCGAUUGAAGGGAAUCGUUCAAUUAUUUUCCCCGGUAUGUCAAUAGGCAAUCUCAAUGCAUCCUCAUCGAUUGAAGGGCUUUCGGUGUUAACAAUAAGCCAAGUAAAACGUUCAGACAGUGGAUUAGUGGUGAUUUGUAGUGCAUUGAAUACGGUCGGUUCAAUAAAUGCCCGAGCCAAACUAUCGAUUAGUUCACAAGACGAUCGUCCACCACCAAUUAUAAUCAGAGGCCCAGUGAAUCAAACGCUACCCGUGAAAUCAGUAGCGCGAUUAGAAUGUGUUGCAAUGGGCGUUCCAACGCCAAUUAUCUCUUGGUAUCGCGAUGGCAUUCCAAUGGUUGCAUCCAAUCGUAUUAAUUUAACGGAAUCGGGUGUAUUAACCAUAUCUGAUUUGCACAAAGACACCGACCAAGGGCUCUACACAUGUGUGGCGAGCAGUCGAAGCGGUAAAUCAACAUGGAGUGGGUAUUUACGACUUGAAGCACCAACCAAUCCCAAUAUAAAAUUCUUUCGUGCGCCUGAACCAGAAAAGAUUCCCGGACCACCAUCGAAACCAGAAGUAGUCAACGUGACCGAUGAUGCGAUUACAAUCACAUGGAUGCCAAGCUCAAAAACUGGAGCAUCCGAUAUCGUUGGUUAUUCGGUUGAAAUAUUCUCAAAUAACAUGAGCAAAGGAUGGAUUCCGGUCGCUUCGAAAAUUCCAGACACCAUUUAUAUGCAACGAGAUCUGACGCGCGGAGCCACUUACAUUUUUGUUGUACGCGCUGAAAAUAUGUUUGGCAUUUCACCGCCCAGUUCAAUGUCCGACCCAGUUACAACGGGAAAACCAAUUAUUUACGACGAAGAUUUGAUUUUAACCGAAGCCCAAGCGAUUCUAUCGACCGGUGAUGUGGUCGAAUUGCUCGAAGCCAAUGCCACCGAUUCGUCGAGCGUACGAUUGGUGUGGGAAAUUUUGAAUGCACAAUACGUCGAAGGUUUUUACAUUUAUUCACGGAAAAUCGAUCGAAGCGAUCAAUACAAAAUGCUGACGGUGCUACAUGGUGGUGGUGCUUCAUCUUGUAUGAUUGAAGGUUUGGACGCGUAUGCCGACUACGAAUUCUUUUUGGUGCCAUUCUAUAAAACGGUAAAAGGACGACCAUCGAAUUCGAAAAUCACUCGAACCCUUGAAGACUUACCAACGGAACCGCCAUCCGAUAUGGAGGCAUCACUUCUGAAUGCGACAGCAAUCUUUUUGAAAUGGCAACCACCGCCUGAGGAUAGAAUUAAUGGCGUUCUACUGUACUAUCAAAUAAUCAUUCGUGGUUUUGAUGCUGGCAACGUAUCGAAAAUCCUUGCAAAUAUGUCCGUUGAAGCGGCAUCACCCAGUUUAAUGCUGGCAAAUCUAACGACGGGCGUUACAUAUUCGGUGAGUGUGGCUGCGGCCACUCGCAUCGGCAUCGGCGUAUAUAGCAAUCCAGCGGUUUUGCGAUUAGAUCCAAAUACCAAUAAAUUAGAUCAGGAAUAUACACAGAGGCAUCCAAUAAAUCACAACUUGGCCGACGAUAUUCUAACGCAAACCUGGUUCAUCGUAAUGCUCGGCUCGAUUAUAGCCAUUAUUAUAUUUUCAUUCGUGGCGAUGGUGCUUAUCAAACGAAUCCAAUUCAUCAAGCAAACGUCGCUAACAAAUAUUCACGGCAAUCACGCAAUCGGAUCGGUUCGAAAAUUCCCGACGUUGCCAUUGAAUGCGAACGGUGUUUGGAUCGAUCCAGCCGGCGGUGUUUGGCGUCAGGCGGCAGCUGUUACAAAAGAUGGCAUCGCCGAUUACGCACAAGUCUCAUCGACAGCACCAACGCUACCACUUCCAGAUUAUGAACGUUUGUCACCGUUAAAUAUGCCCGAUUAUGCUGAAGUGGCUGGAUGUUCAACAUUUAAAAAUACACAAUCACCGCUGUACGACAGUUUUGGAGCGUAUGCAACAACAAAUCUAGUCCGCAAUGUGAACCUAUUUGCAAAUCCACAUUAUCCAACUGCGGGCAAAAACAAUAGCAUCUAUUCAGCGGCAAACGUUUUCCAUUACAAUGGCAACGAUGCGAAUGGCGGUGGCCAUGGUGGUGGUACGGGUGGUCGCAAUUUCAUGCAUUCGGACGCAAAUUUUGCAGCAAAUGGCAAAACCGCAUCACCAAAAAUGAACAUCAUUGAAAAUAAAAUGGACGCCAUAAAUAAUUUAAACCGUUCGUCAUCGUCGGUAGCAGCGGCCACAGGAUCGCCGGCCACCUCAUCAGUGGCAACUGACACAACAAUUGUGAGCAUCAAAAGCGUUCCCUCAACACCGCUCAUUGGAACAAUGCGUCGAAAUCGAUUACCAAAAAGUGGUCAUUGUGAUAAAAUAAAUUUCGGCGGUUGUGAUGAUGGGCGGGGUAUUGAGCAACCGUUAUUCAUCAAAUCGAAGGAAGACGGUAGUUGGACUUCGGUACAAAAUUCAGCAUAUCAUUUUUCGCAGGCAUCAACCAUGUCGCUCGCCUCAUCGACAACCCCAUUAACCAUGGCUGCGACGACAAAUUCUAGCACAAAUAAAUUUAAGUUAAACGCUAGCAAUAAUAGUAUAAAUAGUCCUAAUCUAAAUAAUAGCACCAAUAAUAUCAACAAUGUAACAUCAUCGAAUCAAAUCCAUUUGAGCAGUUUUGGACGAGCCGAUAAUGUGUAAAUAGCAAAACAGCAUUAACAGCAGCAGCAAAUAGAGAGAAAAUGCAGAGAAAAGAAAUUCACAUGCAAAUUAUAUCAUUUAAUCCGUAAAUUUACAUAUUAUGAAAUAAGUGACUAUAGAAAAGAGAUAUAUAUACAGAGAGCGAUCUUGGCAGAUGGGAGAAAAAGAAUGGCAAAAAUCACAGUUUAACUCAAUAUAUGAUGAUAUCAUCGUCGCAAUUGGCGCGCGCGACAGACACACACAGCAAAUCCUAGCAUAGUAAGUAUGUUAUAUAUCCAUUUACGACGUAAAUAAUGUGUAUUUAUAAAUGUAUGAUAUUCCGUUUGCCACAUACUAAAACGGCAUCAAGUCACAUUCUCGCAAAGAAAUAUACGCCGUGCUCCGAUUCCAAAGACGCUAUCGACACACGCACGCACAAAACAAGGAUUUUGUGUAUGUUGGGCUGGAGGAAUUUAUCAACUUGGCAUUAUGUAUUCAUGAAAAAUCGAAAAGCGAUGCCAAGAGACCGAGAAAAAACAAUAAAAAUAGAUCAUUUGAAAUUAACUCCCAAUUUGGAGUUUCGCAUUGAAGAGCAGAGUGCUGUUGGAAUUUCUUUACGGCCAAAAGACAAUGGAAAUUCCGCAAUCGAAUGGAAUCAUAUUUUCAAUAGUUUUCCCCCAUGGAAAGCCAUCAACCGCAUAAUUUUCUCAAGCUCUUUUAAUUUAUGAGCGUCGUUUCUUCCUUUUUUUUCCUCGAAAACUUUUGAAUUAUCACCGAAAAACUUGUGCUACUGAGACAAUGGCGACAGAUUGCAAAAGUCAUGCGGCAACGCAAUUCGAUCAGAAAAAUAGUUUCCACUGAAACGCGAGAAAAACGGCACGAUGAAUCAAGCGACCAAAGCCAAAACAAUGGAAAUUCAUAUGCACGAGGUGAAUCAUCAUCGAAAUGCAAUAUAGUUUUCGGUUCUGAAUGCCAAUGUAGAAUUUUUCAUUUGGUUCGAUUCAAUUGUCGAUUUUAAUUUCCACAAAUUGCUGUGGCGAAAAAUGUUUGUCGCUUUGGGAAUUUUCGUUUUGUUUCAUUUCAUUAAAUUUGAAUAUAGUUCGAACGAAUUUUUUCCACAAAAGCUUUAUUAGUCCAUGUCGGUGUUUUUUUCUUUCUUCUCGACCCUGCGAAACAUUAAACGCUUCUCUUUCCGCUGAAUUUUGCAAACGAAUCGAUGCGGAUAAAAGUUUUGAAAUUUUAAUUUUUCCAUCCAUUUGUAAAAUGGUUUUGUAACUGCAUUUCAUUAAAGCAAACGGAUAGAUACCGAAAUUCGAUGAAUUUUGCACAAAGUUGCAAUGAAAAUGGGUCGUUUACUAUUUUUAGCGAGAAAAUUGUGCGAAAUCAAAUUGGUUGCAGCACAAUUUCGAACAUAGUUUGAAAAUGGAAAAGUUUCCUCCUUUUUUGUUAUAAUGGAAUAGUUGUCGCUUUGGAAAAUGGACGCUUUUGGUAUUGGCAAAAAAUCGCCAUGAUUUAAUUGAAUUGAAUUUUCGGCCGUUUCGGGGGCAUCGACGGUGGUACGGUCUGGGACGAAGAAGUGUUACCGAGAAGCAAAAUUGUCGAUUCAUCAAUAAUUUUCAUAAUUUAUUCAUUGUCUGCUCUCUCAUAUGGUCUCGACUAUAUAUAUUGUCGCUGGUUGGUUUCCGGUUGAAAAAUCGGCAAUAUGCAUGCCGAUUGUUCAUUAAAAAGUUGUACCCUCAAUUCCAUUGUAUGUACAAAAAUAGCUUUUUUGCGGUGUGGGUUAGCAAAAUUGGCAGACAUUUACACAAUAUUUUGCAUACACCGGUCGAAAUCGAACGAAGAUGGAUUUCGUAUGGAAAAAUCAAAGUUAAGGAAAAUUGUGGAUAAUAUCAACAAAUGACGCGCUUGCAUCACCCUCUCGGUGACUCGAAUAAAUAGGCUAGCGUACUGGUGUGUAUAUGCAAUAUUCAGUAAUUUUCAUGCAAAGAUUGAACAAAUACUCUUGCCAUAAACGACAUAAUUCCUCACUCACUUCAUACUUCGUCCAUGUGUUUUAAAUUCCGUGUACAUUGUUUCGUUCAGGCCCUUUUCAUGUGCCACACUGCAUGAAUCAAUGAUGAAGUAAAUAAGUGUUCAUAUGCUUCGUCAAUAUGUAUGUGCGCCAGCUCUCUCUCUCUCCUCCUGUCACUCAUUCCCCCACCAUCACCGCCCUCCAAACGAAAAUAAUAUUAUGAAAUUAUAAUAAAAGCGGGAUUUGCACAAACAGUCGAAUUGAAAUCAUUUACAAAUUAAUAAUUCAUCUAUGCAUAUCUGAUUGAAAGCAUGGUUAAAUUGUAUCUAUGUGUUGUAUAUGCUACAAUAAUGGCACGAAUAAGAGAAUAUUGUUUAUAUGGUGAGUGGAAGUGAAAAAAGGGCAAACACGCGCGCUAAAAGAGGAGUAAAGAGCGCAUUUGGUCUGUUGCCAUCGAACAACUAACUGGCACAUACAGUGUGUUUUGAGCCAAAGUGAAAUGCAUGAAUUAUUUCCAUUCUAAAUUGACCUCUGGCUCAAUUUAUGCGACGAUUUUAAUAGACUAAUGCCGAAAACAAUUAUUUAUUUCGGUAUAUCGGUGCGCGUUGCAUUUUCUGCCCGGCUGCCGAGUCUUUUGAACCCAUCAUCUGCAAUGCACGGAGCAAAAUUGGUGGCUGCUUGAGACACACACAGCACAUGUGACCGACCGUAAGUGGUAGAGUCAAAUUGUUGCACUCGCGUAUGGAAAACAAAUUAGGAUAUAUUAACGGAUAGCGGGAUUAUCAAUCAUAAUCAUGAAUACGUCAACAGGAGCGAACAUAAAAAUCGAAAAUGCGCACAAUAUUUCCGUUUAUUAGCAUAAAAUUACGAAAAAUCAUUGUCAUAAAUUAUCACAUUGAAAACAUCGCAUUAAUUGAUUAAUAAUAAAUGGUAUGAAAAAUCACAGAAACGUAGGCUAUAUAUGUAGGAAGAGAAAAAGCAACAUAAACACGAACACAAGCACACACACACAGAAAGAGAGGCAUAUUUACAUACGUAUACUGAUGAUUGAUGUGAGUGCAAUGAAUAAUGAAGAGAGCAUAAAUUGUGAAAAACUGCAUGUGGAAAUGAAUUGCGAUCAGUAAAUGUUCCCAUAUUACUACAUUAUAGCCAUAUAUAGAUAUAAACAAAAGCAUUGCACGAAUCCAGAUGUUUGCACACACACAGAGAAAAUACAUAGCUCAACGUCAUAUUAAUUGUAUAGAAACGCCAAGCAAUGGAUAAAUACGUAACACAAAGAUAUCAUUUCCGUACCAAAAAAUUAUAUGUAACAAUAACCAAGCGAAACUGUGAGCCUUACUUUUCAUCUACCCUCAAAUGCGCUAAUUAGCAAACCGACUUUUUUUUUGUCCUUUUCUUGAGUCUUUCGUCUCUAUUGAAAACUGCCAACUAUAAUUUCACAGACUGAACCAACGGACACACGCAUAGUAUGCGUCGCAUACACAUGCUGUUUCUAAAACAUGUGUCUACCAAAUGCAUUUUAAAUGUCUAUCCAAGCAUUUUAGAAUCAAUUUGCCCAUAGACAGGAAAUUCAUUGAAUUUUUUUAAAUAAAACAUUAUCGCUUAGUCCUACAAUUGUACAUACUUAACUAUACGAAUCAUAUAUGGAUUAUAAUGAAUUAUUUUCAAAGGUUUAAUAAUAAAAAGAAACGUAUAAAUAUACAGCGAUUAAUGAUAAUAA